AUGGGUGCCUCUAGCUCGAUCUUGGCCCCGUUGGUCGAGGAGCUCAAGGACUCGCAGGUCAAGGAGAUGCAGGAUGUAGAAUUUUGGGACAAGUUUUGGCCGACCACGGAAAUGCCCCUGGGCCAGAUUUUCAAGGAUGUCAUGCCCGUCUACGUCCACCACAUCAAAGAUGCCAAUCCCCGAAAUUUGGCCACGCUCGUGCGCCGUGCCAUCCUCCAGCUGCAAGCGCUCACACGCACGGGCCUCGCAACCACGGAAAGCCGCAACAUGGCUCUCAACGUGAUUCGCCUCUUGAUGCGCUUGGUGCCCGUCAUGAUGGAGGACGACAGCUGGGAUGGCUUUUGGCAAACGCCGACCCCCGUCGGUGUCGUCAUCACCCUGCCGGAAAACUUUUUGGAGAAGCCAGCUUCGCCUGGUCACCCAGCGCAGCGCGUCAAAGAAGCAGAAGAGAAGCAACAAGCCGAGCUGGAGCGCGCCCGCGCCUUGCACGAGACGCCCAAUGUGCCUUUGUACCAGACGUUGCUGGUCGCUAUUCUCGACUUGCUGCUCGUGCCUGGCUUUACCAGCAAUCGGAGCGUGGGACGCAUGAUGCCCUUUGGUGAUCGGCCCCCGCAACAUGCCACACCCAUCGCUGUCCUCGAGGGCGCUGACCUCAUUUGGUAUGCGGGUGUGGGCUCAAAGUCCAACGUCGCGCGCGACUCGGCGAGCUUUAUCAGCAAUCGCUGUGAACUCCUCUUCUUGCUACUGGCCUGCAUGUCCAAGCCGCUCUACACCUUUGCCCGCGACCUGGUGCCCACCAACAACAUUUGGAUGGCCUUUGUUGCGGGUGGCAUGCACCGCAACACGUCGGUUCUGUUGACCUCCAUGUUCAACUGCCUGCUUGCCUAUGACCCCGUGGGCUACGGUCUACCCUACGGCCAUGUCAUGGUCCCAGAUGAUAAUCGCGAGCAACUGAGUCAGCUCUGUGGACAAGUCCUCUGCUUAUUGCUCGACUACGCCCCACCCUCGCACAGCGUGCCUGAGCUAGAGGCACCGGGCGCAACCGACGUGGAGCCUGUGUCCAGCAACGUGCUCGCGACCUUUUUGCAAAAGUUGAAGGGCGAGGACAUUACUUUUGUGCUGGACAACUUGAUCCGGCUGCUCAAGAACCCAUUGGAGGCCGGUACCCUGCCAGCGUCCUACAAGCAGGUCAAUCUUCAUCACGAACUGAUCGUCUUGACCUGGCGCAUGAGUGAGCUCAAUGCGGACUUUUUGAAUGAAAUGUUGACCAGUGGCAAGGUUCUCCAGCUUUUGGUGCCCAUUUUAUACCACAUCAACAAGCUGCGCGCCGACCCUACGGCCACAGGCCUCCUGCAUGUCGGCGUGUACUGGUGCCUGCUUCUUUCGAGUCAACGCAACUUUGCUGUACGCUUGAAUAAGCCUUAUGAGCCAGUGGUGCAAUUCGAAGAUGCACCUUUCAGCAAUGGUUCCCACGGUGAUCUCUUGAUCAUGGUUCUCUACAAUUUGCUGCUCAGUAAGACGCCCAUGGUCCCUGAGCUGGCUGUGUGCGGCAUUGUCUACCUCACGUCGAUCGGUGACAAAUUCGCAGGCCCCAACAAGAAACUGUCCCCCCUGUACGAGUGUCUGCUGACCAUCAUUGUCAACGUCUCGCCCUAUCUCAAAGCUCUGAAUCUGGUGGCCGCCAACAAACUGGUCAACCUAUUCCAGGUAUUCACGUCAUCCAAGUUUUUGUUUGCCAACGCAACGAACCACCGACUUUGCCACUAUCUGCUUGAAAGUUUCAACAAUUUGAUCCAGUACCAGUUUAGCGGAAACCACCAUCUGGUUUAUGUCAUCAUUCGCAAACGCGAGGCCUUUUUCAAGCUGCGCAUGUUGACGCUUUCCGAGUCCUCAUCCCAGCAAAGUCCCCCAUCCACCUCGCCCGAGGUGGCCAAGGCAAACGAGGUUACCGCAGCCGAAGAGGGCGCAGAAGCCAGCGAAACCACAGGAGCCACAGACUCCCAAGAGGCGACCGCUGCCGAGGCAGGAAGUCCUCCGACCACCGUGGUGGAAACCGCGCCCAUCAACCCCGGGGCCGCAGCUGUAACGGAACAGGUCAAGAAUGCCCCGGCGCCACCCGGGAGCGAGGCGGUCGUAUAUGCGGCGGACCGGCCCUCCGAAGAGGAAGCUCAAUACCUGGAUGCGCAGAGGAUUGGACAGAUCAAGACUACUCUGUCUCCUGAUCAAGACAUCCAGGAGCACUUUACUGUCGAGUCGGGCACAGGUCACGGCAAGCGCAAAAGCAAGGGCCCCGCGCCUGCCCCCGAGGUGGUGAUUGAGCCAAGCUUUGUGGCCACCGAGGAAUGGAUGAGUAGCUGGCGCACGCAGCUGCCCUUGGGGACAAUCAUUCGCCUGCUCAAGGUUCUAGUACCCCAAGUGGAGAAGCUGUGUCAGAAAAAGGGCGUAACGCACGAGGUGGAGAUUAUCGAGUUUUUGAAGGACGGCACGUUGGUGGGCCUCUUGCCAGUGCCGCCGCCGAUCGUCUCGCGAAAGUACAAGAAUUCAACACGCUGUACCGUUUGGUUCUACUCUUUUGUCUGGUCCUUCAUCUUCCUCAAGAAUCUGGACCCACCGCUCUUCUUCGAAACGGCUGUCAAACUGUUCACCGUUCGUGUUGAGAACUAGAUUAGAGCGCUUUAUGGAAGCGUUGUGCUUUGAGAUGCUCGAUCAACAGCAGUGGAAAUUGAAAAAGUUCU